UUCUUUAGGGUUUUGUUACUUUCACUGCCGUCACUUUGAAAUCAAAUCGCUGCUCAAUCUCCCACUUGAAAUUGAAAAUCGCUGCUCCUGCCUCCGGUAAUCGACGGAUGAGAGUCAAGCGGCUAGCCGAAGUCGGAAAUCGUCUACCCUCUGAGCUCUGAACUUGGAUUCGUGAAGGGGGAAAGGGAAGCUUCAAGCUCGUAAUUGCCAGUCAUCAUCCCUGACGUUGUAAUCGAACAUUGCAUGACGCCACCUGCCGCCGUCGACGAGCUGCUUUCUUCUCCGCCUCUGUGCUCCGCAAGAUUAGUCACAGUAGAUGAUGGUCACAUUCGCCCCUCAACCCCUCCAAUUAGGGAUACAAAUUUUGUUUUGUUAGAGAAAGUGGAUGCUUUUUAUGAUUUUGAGUGGUGGACUGGAGUAAUCACCAAAAAACUUGCUGAUAAUAGAUAUAUUGUGUUUUUUAAACACAAUAAUAAAGAGAGAGAAUUUAGUCACCUUGAAUUAAAGCUGCAUGUUGAAUCUAACUCUGUGAAGCAGCAUAUAACUGAAGAUAAAGCAUCAAUGAUGAAGAGAACAAAGGUGACAAAUGGUGGAAUUGGAAGCAAUGAUAAUAAACAUCUCAAGUCUUGUAGUAAUAAAUUAAAUACUGGAAUCACUUUUGAUGAUCAAAUCCUAUUAGAUGUGGGGCCCAGUAAAGAAGUGAACAACCUAAUUGUUGGUGAAACUGAGCUUCUUUCUCGUGGAAAGAGAAUGCUUAUUAAACGAGAAAAAAAUAUUGGAUUCAGUAAGAGUCCAAUUCCAUUGAUGAUUACUUCUGCAAGAAAGAAGGGGAGAUCAUCGGAUGAUUUUAGAGUUGUGAAAUCUUUUUUACCCGAAGGAGGUGAAGGUGAUUCGAUGAAAAUAAAAACCCCGAAAAGUGUUGAGAAAGUGGUGCAUGUUAGCAAAGAGGUGCAUCCUCCACCUAUUACCUGUGUUAUGGGUUUGCAAUGUAAUGUGGUGACUAAUAUGUUACAGACUAAGAAUGUGAAUGUCAAGUCGCCUACCAUGAUUCCUCCAAAUGAGGGGAAGGAAGCGGAUGGAGGUAGUGGGACUCUAAAGAGGAAGAGGGGAAGACCAUUCAAAUCAAAACUCAAAAAACCCAAAACACCCUUGGCAGUAACAAUGAUCCAUGAGAAUGAAGAUGCAUCGCCAUUGACAAAGACUCCAGUAGAGAAAGUACCAAACACAACAAUAAAGAAGUAUCAAUCCGUAAAAGGAAAACGAGGCAAACGCCGUAAAAUAAAAAGCAUUAACAUGGUAUCUCCACAUUCACUUGAAGAUUCAUCACCAAAAUUAAAACAAAAACCAAGAGAAAGGUUAGGGUUAGGGUUAGGGUUAGAACUGACAACCUUGGAUGAGGAUCAACCUCUAUCAACGUGGUUCGAAGGAAAACAAAGAAAUGGUGGUGAGAAAUUACCAUUCGAGAAACGAAGCACCACACUAUGGGAAACAUUAGAAGCAAUGGACAUAUUCCAGAAGCUUCCACAAAACCCACAUUUUCGUCCACUCGAGAAAGAAAAGGAAUGCACGCGUGAAGGACACGCGAUCAGCAAAAUGGUAAGUUACGUGCGUAUAAUGGAGUCAAUCUCACAACAACUGACACUGGAGGACCGAAGAAGCGUGUUUGAGGAAAGCAUUGAGGCAUUGUUGGAUUUGGAGUCGCAUGGGUUUGAUGUGAAGGUGGCGAAGGAGCGGGUGAGUGGGUUGCUUAAGAUUAAAGAGAAACAGGAGUUGCUUGAACAAGAGUCUAAGAAAGUGAAAAAGCAAAUGGAGGUGGAGAGAGUUGAAGGGGUGAGGAUUGAUAAGGAGAUUGAGUUGGUGGAUCAACAGGUGGUGGUGUUGUUGGAGAGACGAGCACAGGUGUUGAAGAGGAAGGAGAAGAAGGAUGCGGAAGUUGAGGGUUUGGAGGCUCAGAUGGAAGAAAUUCAUCGCGGGAUAUCGGAGGCUAGAUGUAAGUUUGAUGGUUUGGCUGCAUCAUCUUUGUGUGGAUGACUUUGAUUGUUUGUGUAUUUAUUGUGUUAGUGCUAACUAGUAGGGGAUUUUAGUUGAAGAGCUUGUAGUGUGUCAUGCUCUUCUUUUAGCUAAAGGGUUUUAUGACUUAAUCACCUUAACAUCAAGACUGUUUGUUUGGUUAA